CCGCUGCCCGCCGCCGCGCUGCUCGCCGCCGCCCUGCUGCACUGCGCGCCCGCCGCGCCCGCCCGCCGCCACAAGCCGGAUGUGUCUCGAAAACACCACACCUGGAAGGAACAGAGUCUCUGGCCUUCUUCCUUGGUGAACUCUAGGGGGACUGGUGUGCCCACCAAGGGCUUCUCCACGGGUGCAGAAGAGCAGGCAACAGGCUGGAACCCGCCCCGGUGUGGCGUGCCGGAUCUCCCUACACUGUCGGACAGCAAGAACGGGCGGAACCGGCAGAAGCGGUUCGUCCUCUCAGGGGGACGCUGGGACAAGACUGAUCUCACCUACAAAAUUAUCAGGUUCCCAUGGCAACUCAUAAAAGCUAAAGUGAGACAGACUAUCGAGGAAGCUUUGAAAGUGUGGAGCGAUGUGACCCCACUGACCUUCACCGAGGUGCAGGAGGGCCGGGCUGACAUCAUCAUCGACUUCACGAGGUACUGGCAUGGAGAUAACCUGCCUUUUGAUGGUCCCGGAGGGAUCCUGGCACAUGCAUUCUUCCCCAAGACCCAUCGGGAGGGAGACGUCCAUUUUGACUAUGAUGAGACCUGGACUAUUGGGAACAACCUGGGCACUGACCUCCUCCAAGUGGCUGCUCACGAGUUUGGCCAUGUCCUGGGUCUGCAGCACACAACUGUCUCCAAGUCGCUGAUGUCUCCUUUUUACAUUUUCCGCUACCCACUCAGCCUGAGUGAGGAUGAUAAACAAGGUAUCCAGUAUCUCUACGGCAAACCCAAACUUGAUCCUGACCUAACCCCAACCCAGCCAGCAGAGCCACCCCAGUCAGAUCUUGAAACAAAUGAGAUCACCAACAUGGAGUCUGUGCAGCCUGACGCCUGCAACACAGAUUUCGAUGCCGUGUCCACCAUCCGGGGGGAGCUGUUCUUCUUCAAGUCCCGCUUUGUGUGGCGAUUGAGAGCUGGGAAACUGCAGGCCGGCUACCCAGCUCUGGCCUCUCGUCACUGGCAAGGGAUCCCAAGCUCUGUGGAUGCCACCUUCGAGGACCCUCUGGGCAAUAUCUGGUUUUUCCGAGACUCUCAGUACUGGAUUUAUGAGGGUGAAAGACGGGUUUCUGGCCCCACCCCAAUCGUGGAGCUGGGCCUCCCUGCUUCCCCUGUCCAGGCAGCUUUAGUUUGGGGGGCAGAGAAGAACAAGAUCUACAUCUUCAGUGGAGGCAGCUACUGGCGCUUCAACCCUCAUACCCGUCAGGUGGACAACAUCUACCCUCGGACCAUGGCCGACUGGCGCGGCAUCCCUCAGGAGAUUGAUGCUGCUUUCCAGGAUGAGUUUGGUUUUGCCUACUUCCUGAGAGGUCAAGAUUACUGGAAAUUUGACCCAGUCCAGGUUAAAGUGCUCGACGGCUACCCACGCCAGAUCAGCCAGGACUUCUUCAGUUGCACACCUUCCUCCAACUCCUUCAGAUGAAGAGGGAGAUUCUAAUUUCCUCCACAUUUCUCUCUCAUCUCCCUUAUCUCCAGCAGCCACACAGACACAGGGUUCCCACUGCCACUCCUGGCUUCAUUUAAGGCUCAGCAUCUGACACAAAUGGUGUCUGUCACAACAAGUGACAAAGGCUGCUCCUCUCCAGUUUCAGCAGCCCCAGCUUCAGCUGCUAUCAAAACAAAGUGUCCGGCAUGUUCUCUACAGACAGAGCUGCCGCUAAACCCCUAAUGGAGCUAGGCUCUUCCAACAAUAGCAUCCCAAAAGACCUUGAGCAAGCCUUGAAUGGGAUCAGGCUUUCCUAAUUAACCCGGACCCUACCAUGUUAAACUGAUCUGGUGGUAUUUCCUAUGUUUACAUUGCUCACAGCAGCAUCCCAUUUGCUGUUCCAGACGUUGGCCUCAGAAGAAGGAUUCCACAGAGAUGCCUUCCUCACCCUUAGCCAGGGAGUUUUAAGGACACUGACUGCCUAUGGAGAAAUUCCGACGUGUGGCUGUGUUGCCAGGGUCACUUCACUGCGGUUGCAAUGGUGAACAUUCGUACCCUGUCACAGCUCUACUCUUGGUUUUAUGUUGCAACACUAGGAUGUGCUAGAAUUUUAUACUGUUUUGUAAAUAGACAACGUGCCUCUUUCCUUCCAAGAUGCUAGGUUUCAGUGCUGGACACUGCCCUAUUGCUCUAUAUGUUCUUAUUAACUUAGGUCCCCGAUAUUAGGUUGCUCAUUACUGCAUUGAUUGGUCGCGUAUCAGUUGCUAUUUCCAGCGGACAGGUCCAUCUGGACACCAUUCCGAUAAUGCACAAGCGUCAUCUCUGCUGUUUGCACUUGCUACACAACAUUAUGCAAAAAAAACCCCAAAUAACAACAACAAAGAAUGGGUUGCAA